GGUCCCACCUGCGUCAGUGGACGCGGCGUGGCAUAUGUCCACGUGGGUGUGACUCUUCGGCCAACUGAAUUUAAGGAGAUCCCCCCAAACAAAUUGGAGUUCAUCGGAUUCAGGUAGAGAGAACCAAGUCAACAUGACAACACUGAGUGACAAAGACAAGUCCACCGUCAAGGCGCUGUGGGGAAAAAUCUCCAAGUCAGCGGACGCCAUCGGUGCUGAAGCUCUGGGCAGGAUGCUCGCCGUCUACCCGCAAACCAAGACCUACUUCUCCCACUGGCCUGACAUGAGCCCCGGCUCUGGCCCCGUGAAGGCCCACGGAAAGAAGGUGAUGGGUGGAGUCGCUCUGGCUGUGACCAAGAUCGAUGACCUGACUACCGGUCUCGGCGAUCUCAGCGAGCUGCACGCCUUCAAGAUGAGGGUUGACCCUUCCAACUUCAAGAUCCUGUCUCACUGCAUUCUGGUGGUGGUCGCCAAAAUGUUCCCCAAGGAAUUCACCCCGGAUGCCCACGUCUCCUUGGAUAAAUUCCUGGCCUCCGUGGCCCUGGCUCUCGCAGAGAGAUACCGCUAAACUGCCCGCAAUGGGAAUGCGGUCUGCCAUACACGAUUCACCAUGUUAACUCAUGGUGAAAAAUGAAAUAAUAAACUGCAUGCCGCACAGCA